GAACUUCACCUUCAUCAACAUGCCCAUCGGCAACAGGUUGUUCAGGUCCGAAAACCAGCAAUUGGGUACUCAUGCUGCCACCCUUCAGGGAGAGGCCGAGACGGCCAUUCGGGCAUUGAGGACGAUAGACCGCAUCAAGGAUUCCAAGCCGGGUUCAAGGCGUAGGACUUUCGAGUACGUUUGGAAUGGACUUGAGGAUGUGCUCGCCGAAGUUCGCGAGGAUCGCAAUGAACAGGCACUCAAGGAGUCCCUCAAGGAAGCCGAAAACAAACAGAAGCAAAAGGCGGAUGCCAAGGCUGCAGCUGCCAAGGCAACACCCGCCGUACCUCCCGGUAAAGGCAAUGGAAGGCCCAAGGCCAAAGGCCAAGGCACGGACAAGCCCCCAAAGGCCCCUACCAAAGCAACGCCAGGCGUCCCAGAUGCUGGAGGUCCAGGCAAAGGGAAGGGUAAAGGUGAGGGCAAAGGCAAAGGAAAAGGGAAAGGUAAGGAUUGCCCGUUUGAGCAUGUAGAUGCACCCAAGAAGGCUGCCCCAUCCAAGGCUGCACCAAAGGCCGCACUUGAGGAACAAGGGAUCCUCAAGGAUGCACUUGAGCGCCACAUCCAAGCGGCGAAGCAACUUCGUUUUGAGACCGGCAACGGCAUCACUGACAGUGACGAUGCAGACGAUGAGGGGGGUGAUGAAGAUGGUGAAGAUGAGCUUGAUGCAGUUGACGAGUUCGGUCAGCGCAUAGCCGCCGAUUUCAUCAUCGUGCGUAAGGACUCUAGAAGUACCGAAACGGUCGUCCUUGUCAUCCGUGAUGAAGCUACGGGUUACAUCAGGUCAUUCCCUCUAGUGUCUCGACACGAGGACGGGGUGAUCAAGUCAGUUCUUCAGUUCCUUGGCCGUUACAAGUCCGGCCCUUGUGUCCUAGUGAAAUCGGACAACGCCCGAGAGAUCAUUGGGGCAUGCGCUAGGUUUGCCGCGCAUGCAUUGAACUUGUACCAUCCAGCCACCGGGAUUGAAGGGAGUCGGUAUCUGAAUGCUGCCGAUUCCGAGUUCACUGGAAUGGUCAAGGAUCUUCCUGGGGACAAUGUUCUCAUAGAGUACGGUUGUGAGGUGAUGUCCCAGGCUAUCGCAGGGAUAGAUGCUUGGUUUUCGUUGCCAUGCACACACUUGUCCUCACACCAGAGCGUCAACACGAAUUCCCAAAGCCCGAAGUACGCGAGGAAGCUUUCGCAAAGGCGAGCAUCAUCGAUGCGAAUGUUGGUGUUAGCUUUGAACAUUGCGAACCACAUCAUUGCACAAGACGGUAGGGUAUCGUUUGAGUGGCCAUCAGAUUCCGGUGUAUGGCGCCAGAAAGAAUGGCUUGACUUUGCCCACAAGCAUGAGAUGUCGUAUGUAACGAACCACGGCGCCAGAAUAGAUGCCCGUGGGGAGCGUAACCACCACAAGUCGUCUUUCACGAUCGCAUCAAACUCGAAGCGUGUUUUAGAGCAUUUUGCCCACGGUAAGAAAGCCGGUGAUUAUCGUGAUGAGCACAGCGAUUCUGCAACCAGUGCUGCUGCACAUGAGUUUGCCGACAUUGUGGUAGAAGCUUUGUAUCCGCAACGACGCGAGUGGCAAGCUGAGCCUAAAGCCUUAGAGGCAAUAGCUGAAGAGGCACGGUCACAAGGGCACAAACUGCGAGUCGCAGAGCUCAUGACCCUUUGUGGCGUGAAGCACGCUGAGUUAGCACCAGAGUUUCAGAAGUUCAAAGGAAGGAUAGUCUACAGGGGGGAUAGGGUGCUUGAUGAGUUCAAUAACCUAGUUUUCUUUGAAGAGACGUCCACGACACCGACUGGACUAGCCUAUCUUCAGUCUGAACUUCGCGAAGAAACAUACGUAAUCUUGCCGAGAGAACUUUGGCUUGAAGGCUGGGCGACUUUGGCAAGAGUACUUGUCAAGGAUAUUGAUUUCAUUAGGUUCGUGUGCAUUCCCUGUGAUGUGGCAGAGUCGCAAGCAAACGUCAACUGCAAGAUCGACUCCAGAAGCCGAAAUGAUCGCUAUGGCAUCAGCUAUGUUCUCAGAAGUGAUCAACUUGCAGACGAAAGUUAUUCAGCACAGUACAUCAACAGCAAGGACCAACUCGCGAACGGAUUGACCAAGGUUAUUCCACCUGCAGAGUGGCCUGCGAUGCUUGUGCAGCUGUGUCUUUUCGAAGGUGAGAAACCGUCUCGACCAACAGCCCAGGUCGACGCAACGUCCUUCACGACUGGUGCUUACGCGUAUUUCCGAAGUAUCCUCCCGAAGCACAAGUUCACUGCCUUGAUGCUAUCCAAAGAUUUGAUCACCCAAACACACCGUGACAGCUUCAACGUGAACUCGGAGACAUCUUGCCCUUGGCCUGCCACCUUUGACCCUAG